AUGUUUAUGGCAAGAUCUGAAUACGGUAUGCAUUCUCAUUACGCCACCCGAAGCUUGGCCCGUAUCGUACACACCUUCUCCCCAGAAGGCCGCCUUUUCCAAGUCGAAUACUCGCUCGAAGCCAUCAAGCUCGGUAGCACCGCCAUCGGCGUUGCCACCUCGGAGGGUGUCGUGCUGGGCGUUGAGAAGCGGGUAACCUCGACUCUCCUCGAGACCUCGUCCGUCGAGAAGAUCGUCGAGAUCGACCGCCACAUUGGAUGCGCCAUGUCGGGCCUCCAGGCCGACGCGCGCAGCAUGGUGGAGCACGCGCGCGUCGAGUGCCAGAGCCACGCUUUCAACUACAACGAGGAUCUGCGCGUGGAGAGCUGUACCCAAGCCAUCUGCGACCUGGCCCUGCGCUUCGGCGAGAGCGCCGACGGCGAGGAGAGCAUUAUGAGUCGGCCUUUCGGGGUGGCUUUGCUUAUUGCGGGGUACGAUGAGGAUGGGCCGUCAUUGUACCAUGCUGAGCCUAGUGGUACCUUCUACCGGUAUGAUGCCAAGGCGAUCGGGUCUGGAAGUGAGGGUGCGCAGGCGGAGCUACAGAAUGAGUAUCACAAGUCGCUCACGAUCAUCGACGCCGAGACGUUAGUGCUCAAAACGCUGAAACAGGUGAUGGAGGAGAAGCUGGAUUCCAAGAAUGUCCAGCUGGCGAGUGUGACCAAGGAGAAGGGCUUCAGAAUAUACACGGACGAAGAGAUGGCCGCCGUUGUCGAGCGACUACCUGCCAACUAAUUCAUGAUCCUCUAAGCUUACCCGCCGAGGGUGGUAUUUAUAGCCCCAAUGUUCUGCACGACCAGGCGUACGGUAGCUAUCUACGCUACGAUUGACAGUGUUGGGCAAUCUGUGCCGUGGUUGGCAAGGUUGAACCACUCACCAAAAGAAUAAAAUCGCACGCCCAUGCCCAUUCACUCGAUAGAGGGAGGCAAGUAGGCGGGCAGGCGAUAGAUGACGGGGAAAAUCUAGAGUCGAGUCAAACAUACCUUUCCAUCUUCAAUGGUGUUCAGGCAU